CAGCGCCAUUCGACAAUAUCGCUUGCAACUUCACUGUUUUCAUGGUGAGUUUCGGUGUUUCUUGCAAAUCGCUCAAAUCUUUCUCAUUAGAAGACACAUUCAAUUGUUUUUAAGAACUGAUUAAAAUUCCAACAUGGAUAUAUCCAGAGCAACAAACGAUAGGAAAUUGUACCUUUGCAAGUGGUACUUUUACGUGGGUUUCGCAUUUUUGCCAUUCAUUUGGGCUGUGAACAGUAUUUGGUUCUUCGAUGAGGCAUUUCGGAAACCAGAAUAUGAUGAACAAAAGUCCAUUAGAAGAUAUGUCAUAUUCUCAGCGAUAGGUGCUGUUUUGUGGGCCAUCGGGCUUGCCACUUGGAUUACGAUUUAUCAGACGAACCGUGUUGCGUGGGGAGAAUUUGCUGAUAAUAUUAGUUUUAUCAUUCCACUUGGCUCUGCAUAGUAUAAGCAACUCAUUUAGUUCAUCUCAUUUAGUUCAUUUUUUUUAAAGAAAUAAAUCAUAUGCAUGUGAACGUUUUUCAAUAGUCCAAUAUCUCUCUAUACUUAAAAUGCAUUAAUACAUUCCAAAGGUGCAUCUUUUAUUUAUUGAUAUUCAAAAUUUAAAUUUAGCACGUCCAGCGCUAAAAUUGUAAUUUUUUGUGCGAAUAAAACAGAAGUGCAGAAAAAAGAUAA